AUGUUUGGAAUAAGGCAUGCUGUCUCAAGCUUGUUUGGCUCCUUUUCUUUCAAUCUGGAUCGGUUUGGGUGGCCUGGUACAAGAAGGAAAUCAAAUGGUGACAUUUGCAACUUUUGGACGGUGAAACCACACAAAGAUAACUCGUGGUUGGCUAACAAGCUGAUAAAGAUGAGAGAGGAUGUUUACCUUUGGAUCAAGCUACGGAUUGGGAAUGGAGUUCAUUGCAGGUUCUGGUCCGAUAAUUGGUCACCUUUUGGGAAACUGCAGAACUUCUUGAAUGCAUCUGCAACUUCAAGACUAGGCAUCCCGGCUCGAGCAACUGUGGUGAGCCUCUUCCGCAGGAAUAGGUGGUGUCUCCCCUCUGCUAGAUAG